GAAAGUUUGGGUCCUACCGCGGUGUUUUGAAAUGUAUUCGUUACAACGUUGUUAGGAUGGUUUCUUACUUAAUAAAUUAUGAUAUCGACGAUAUCCAUACAAUGCAUGGUUAUUUGUUACGUAUUUACUUGUGUGUUGGUAGCUAUGCAGAUAUAUUUUCUGCUUUAUGUACAUAUUUCCGAAAGUCCCACUUUAUCUAUUGUCGAAACACCAGUUCGUUACAAUGAGACUUUUAAACAGUCUGAAUUAGUAAAUUGUCUGCGUAAUAAUGAAUUUGUUUGGAGUGCUUACAACCGUACACGUUCUGAUAGGUGCAAGCAAGUAUUCGUUGGUGUAGGUUGUUCUCCUGUCACGUACAAAAGCUUUUCUAGUAGCUUUUGUCAUGUUCAAGGUAACCUUGGUGAGCAGCCAUCCUUCCUAGGCUGUUUCCUCAUCGAUCACCGUGAACUUAUCUCCGUCAAGUCAAGUGAAUAUAAGGAUGAAAAGGAUUGUCUGAGUAUAUGUCGUUCGCUAGGUGUGACGUAUUCAUGGUUAGGUCCUAGCCAUACAUGCUGGUGUAUGAUGCGGUUACCAAACGGAUCACGGAACAUCCCUCUUUCUCAAUGCAGCAUCACUUGUACUCUUGAAGAACACGAAAUCGCUUCAACUGAUAGUUCAUUUUGUCCUGACCCAGUCCCAGUCCGAGUCUAUGCGACUAAAGCGAGUCCCCCUUGGCAUCCUAUUCCUCUUUCUCUUAAGUCUGGCCUUAUCGAUCUGCUGUUGUCGAGACCAGUAAGGAUAGUCUAUCUUCUUGUCUGGAAUGGAAGGAGUUGGACACAUAUCCGUCGAAUGUUCGAACUAAUAUACAGCACUCGACAUUAUUAUUACAUUCAUGUGGAUGCGCGAUGUGAUUAUCUGUACACAAAGGUUAAGUCUUUUAUUGAGAAUUAUCCGUCAAAUAUCUACUUGACAUCUACUCGAUUUUCACCAAUAUGGGGUGGGCAAAGUCUACUUGAUAUGUUCUUAUCAUCAUUGAAAGAUUUAUCCACUAAUAUGAGUGAUUGGGAAUGGGACUUCGUGAUUAAUCUGAGUGAAAGCGAUAUGCCUAUUAGACCUAAUCAUGAACUAGUUACCUAUUUGAGCCACAAUCGUGAUAAAAUCUUCCUACGCUCAUUUAGUCAUACUGGGCAAAGUUUCUUAAGAAAUCAAGGUUUUGGUCAGUUAUUCCUUGAAUGUGAUUCAUAUGUAUGGCACCUAGGUGAGCGAUCGAUCCCAUCUGGAAUUAUUUUAGACGGUGGUUCUGACUGGAUGAUACUACCCAAAAUAUUUGUGGAUUACGUUAUUUAUAGUGAGGCUAAUUUAUUACGUGAUAUCAAAGAAUACUUUCGCUAUAGUUUACUACCGGUUGAGAGUUUCUUUCAUACCGUUGCACAAAACACCCAUUUUUGCACCUCAGUUAUCAAUCAUUAUCUACGGUUUAUCAAUUGGAAAAGACCACAAGGUUGUGGAUGUAAAUAUGGCAGUGUGGUUGAUUGGUGUGGUUGUUCUCCACUUACAUUAAACGGACCGAAAGAUGCAAAAUUUUUAUGUGAAUUAACUGGCAAAUGUUUAAAACCAGAUUACAGAUUACAACCAUUAUUUUUCGCUCGCAAAUUCGAUUCAACUAUUGAUCUGGGGAUAAUAAAUUUUGUCAUAUAUAAAUUAUUAGAGCGUUACGAUCUAACAGCUAACGUACAUAAUGAUAACUUUUAUUUGGAAAAUAUCUACUCCAAAGAGGAGAACUCAUUAGCAGAUAAUUCACAUCAAAACACAGUGUAUUUAGCUUUGAAGUGUUUAUCAAAAAAACUGAUGUUUCAAUUAAUACGAAAUUAUAAUUACGAUCCUGAUUUACUCUAUGUACAAUCAUCGUUGUUAAAUAGUUUUGCAUUGUUCAAUGCAACAGGUUGGGAAGAAUUUGAUCAUAAUCCAUCGAACGAGCUAUUGAAUACAUGGGUUAACAAAAGGAAUAUUGUACCGCCGUUAGUAAUACAAAUUCAAUUGACAAAAUUUAUGAAUUUGAGUAGCAUUAACAAUAAAGACCAUGUUCUCUUAGAAUUCUUAAUACAUCCACCAUCACUUAGUUUCACUACUGUAAAUACUGCUGAUGACUUAUUACCCGGUGAUAUUGGUUUUCUAGAAAUCAGUUCAAAUUUCGAUGUUAAAGAACAGAUAUUUCGUAAUUAUCCACGUCUCCUAACCUUACAAGAAACUCUAACUAUUUUGGUAUUAUGGAAGGGAAAUUCUGAUCAUAAAACAUACAAAACUUCAGUUGUAUUCACUUUAAUCAAUCCUUUAGGUAUUCCAUGUUCAAACCAACUCACAUUGCCCCUUAUACAAAAUGAACACACUGUUUGGUCGUUGGCUAUGCCAGAAUUAUAUAUCACUACGAGUUUACUCAAAAACACAAUUCUAAUGAAUUGUGUGCAGAAGCGUGUUGAUAUUGUUUCUGGUGAAUGGAAUAUUAUUGCUGCUACUUCAAGUGGGAAAAUUAGUCGUGUCAAAUUUGUUCUACUUGACCCAUUAAAGCUUAGCCAAUCGUUGAAACAUCCUCACAGAUUAUUGGUAGACAAAAAAUUGUUCGAUUCAGAGUCCUGGGACUCUAUUCAACUGACUGACUUUUGUGUAAUACAACAAUCGACUAAAACAGAGUCAAAUUCAUUGUAUAUUAAUAAAACUAAUGAUAAUAUUGUUCGCAUUUCCAACAGUUUUUCAAAUUAUUUUCACCAGGAUUGUACCAAUGUUCAAUGGAGUUCCUUUUUUGAACAUUCUCAUUUGUAAUCCAUUGUUAUGCGUGAAUUUUCGAUCAAAUCCUCUUUCUUUUUUUGUAAAUACUUAUAAUUUAGCUCUAAAUAUAUUCACAUUUUUUCAAAUAGUUCACUGUUUGGG